CUGUCGGCAAAACUCUUUAGUCUAACUAUUUCAACUGUUUUUCUUGGGGGUUGCGCUGAUCGGAACCUGAUAUUUUCCGCCGCCGCCCACCGCCGCUUUUCGCAAUGCAGCUCCGCCGUGGCCCGUCAUUUUUCCGGCUGUGGACGGUGAUAAUGUCGGUGAGCAUGGUUAUGAUGGGGAAGUUUGGGCUGGUUCAGUCAGCCCGGCUCCGUAACCGGACGUCAGCGCCACAUUGGUCCCCGGCCACCGCCACCUGGUACGGCAGCCCCGAAGGCGACGGUAGUGACGGUGGGGCGUGUGGGUACGGGAAUUUAGUGGACGUGAAGCCGUUUAAGGCGAGGGUGGGGGCGGUGAGUCCAGUACUGUUCAAGAACGGCGAAGGCUGUGGCGCCUGCUACAAGGUCCGCUGCCUGGACCCAACCAUAUGCGCCAGACGAGCCGUCACCAUAAUAGUCACCGACGAGUGUCCCGGCGGCUACUGCGCCAGUGGCCGCACCCACUUCGACCUCAGUGGCGCCGCGUUCGGCCGCAUGGCAGUAGCCGGUGCUGGCUCCCGCCUCCGUAACCGCGGCGAACUCUCUAUCCUCUACCGACGGACUCCCUGUACGUAUCGUGGGAAGAACAUAGCCUUCCAUGUGAAUGAAGGUUCUACAGAUCAUUGGCUCUCGCUUUUGGUGGAAUUCGAGGAUGGCGAUGGAGAUAUUGGGUCAAUGCAAAUUAAACAAGCAAGCUCGAACGAGUGGAUGGAGAUGUCACAUGUGUGGGGGGCAACUUGGUGCAUAAAUGGAGGGCCUCUCCGGGGCCCAUUCUCAGUGAAGUUAACAACAUUAUCCACAGCCAAAACCCUAUCAGCCAGAGAUGUUAUCCCCAAGAAUUGGUCUCCUAAGGCCACCUACACUUCUCGCUUAAACUUCUCCUAAGAAGAUAGAAUUAUAACAAUAAUAAUGUUGUAAUUUUUACACAUAUAUGGUGUGUAUUGUAGCCUUCUCCGAAGGGAGAGAGAGCUUAGUUUGUAUUGUCUUAAUUUCUUCCCAUCUUUAACAUUGUUCAAAUUAUAUAUAUAUGCUUAAUAAUAUAACGUGUCCAUAAA